AUGGCAACGAAAAUCAAAUGUUAUUAUGAAGUAUUAGGUAUUGAAAAAACGGCAAAACAAGACGAAAUUAAAAUAUCAUACAGAAAAUUAGCAUUACAAUGGCAUCCAGAUAAAAAUCAACAUCAAAUUGAUAUCGCUGAAGAAAGAUUCAAAGAGAUUGUUAAUGCUUAUACAAUUUUAUCAGAUCCAAACGAAAGAAAAUGGUACGAUGAUCACAGAGAAUCAAUUUUGCGUGGUGGUAGAGGCGGUGCCAAUGACGAUGGUGAUUAUGAUGACGAUAUUAAUCUAUGGCCAUACUUUAAUGCAUCUUGUUUCACAAAUUAUUCAGAUACAGACGAUAAUAGUUUUUAUAAUGUUUAUUCAAGAAUUUUCAGUGCCAUUGAUAAAGAGGAAGAAUCUGUCGAUGAAGAAAAAUAUCAUUUCCAACCACCACAAUUUGGUAAUAGCAAGACACCUAUUGCUGAAGUACUCAAGUUCUAUGGCUAUUGGAAAGAUUUUGUCACAAAGAAAAAGUUUACAAAUGCUGAUAUCUAUCAUUUAUCCGAAGCUCCAAAUCGUCAAAUUAAACGUUUAAUGGAAAAAGAGAAUCAAAAAGAAAGAAAUAGAGCUAAACAACAAUUUAAUGAAAAAGUUAGACAUUUGGCAUCAUUCAUUUACAAUCACGAUAAAAGAAUUCAAGAGUACCAAAAGAAAUGUGCUGAAGAGGCUGAGAAGAAACAAAAGGAACUUGAAAUUCAAAAACUGCAAGAGGAAGAAGAAAGAAAAGAGGCAAUUAAAAAGCACAAAGAAGAAAAGCGUUUAGAGUAUGAACAAAUGAAAAAAGAUGGUUUAAUCGAUGACUAUGAAAAUAAUACUCUAUAUCAAGAUGAAUCAAAUAGUUGUUAUUGUGUAAUUUGCGACAAGGCAUUCAAAUCAGAAAAACAACUUGAAAACCAUCAAAAUUCAAAUAAACACAAGCAAGAGUUGGCCAGAGUUAGAAAGACAAUUACAUUAGAUGAUGAAGAGUUAUCACCAGAAUCAAACAAUAAUCAAGGUAGCGAUAUUGAAAAUGAUGAUGAUGAUGAUGAAGGUAAUACUAGUUUUAGCAACAGUAAAUCAAAUAAAAAGAACAAAAAGAAUAAAAAGAAAUCUAAAAAAGUGAUCAACUCAAAUAUGUUUAAUAGCAAUAGUGACGAAUAUGUACAUGGUCUAGUUAAAAACAAAACAAAAAAAACCAAAUCAAAGAAAAAAGAAGAAUCCGAAGAUGAAGUUAUAGAAGAAGAAAAAGAAAAUAGUGAUCAAGAUUUGGCUUCAGAUGAUGACGAAGAUGAAAUGUUGGUAAAUUCCUUGUUAAAAAAUUUUAGAAUAAAUAAGAAUCAACCAAAUAAUAGUAAUAAUAAUAAUGAUAAUGAUAAUAAAGAUAAUGAGGACGAGGACGAAGAAGAAGAGGCAGAAGAAAAGAAAUCAAAGAAAAAGAAAAAACAACUUAAUAGCGAAAAAGAAAGUGAAAAAGAAGAUGAAAACAGCGAUGAGGAUGAUAAAGAUAGCGAUAAUGAAAAAAAAUCAAACAAAAAAUCUAGUACUACUACAACUAAAGAAAAACCUAAAAAGGGUAAAGCAAAAGAAAAAAGAGAAAAAAAAGCAGAAAAGAAACAACAACAACAAUCACAGCAAAAAGAAGGCGAAUCAUUAUUUUGUAAUGUUUGUAAAGGUGAAUUUCCAACAAGAAAUAAAUUAUUCCAACAUAUUAAAGAAACAAACCAUGCACAGGCAGUACCAUCUCAUGGCAGUUCAUCAAAAAAAAGAAAAUAA